UUCAUCUAUAUACAGUUAAAUUUUUUUAUCCAUACAUAUAUGACAUAUAAACUCCACUAAAAGUAGAACUGCCCAACCCAAACACAUUUCCCGCCAUGUUGACUCUAUCUCCUAAAGCCCCAUUUCUCUACAAACCUCAAAACCGUAACCCUAAAAUUCAACAUUAUAAACCACAAAUUAACGGGAUUUACUGCAAAUCCGAGCUCCAAAGCGAAAGGGGUCUCGAAUUUGAGACCGGAGAGACCUUCUUUCGCCAUGAAAGUGCUAAGGGCAGAGACUUGGGGGUAUUAGCAGCAUCCCUGUACAAUCAAUCCAAAGGGAAAUUACGGGUGCUUGACGCAAUGUGUGGGUGUGGAAUCCGGUCCUUGCGCUACUUAAUGGAAGCGAAAGCGGAUUUUGUGCUGGCAAAUGAUGCUAAUGAUGAGCACAGGAGGGUUAUUUUAGAUAAUUUGAAGAGAGUAGACCGAGGUUUUGGGGAUGAAAGAAAAUGGGUUGUUACACAUUUAGAUGCUAAUAGAGUGUUGAGUGAGUGUUACUUGCAAAAGGAGUUUUUUGAUUUGAUUGAUAUUGAUUCGUUUGGGAGUGAUAUUUCCUUGUUUUUGAGGUCUGCAAUGAACACAAUAAGUUUUGAUGGAUUGCUUUAUGUUACUUCUACUGAUGGCCACUCUUCAGGCGGUCACCAUCCUGACCAUUCUUUAGCUGCAUUUGGAGCAUAUGUACGUCCUAUGCCAUAUUCGAAUGAGGUUGGUUUGCGAAUGCUUAUAGGUGGGGCUGUACGGGAAGCUUCUGUGCUUGGCUAUUAUAUCACACCACUUUUUUCUUACUACUCGUAUCAUGGACCUGUUUUUAGGGUCAUGCUCAGAGUAAAUCGAGGGAAGCUACUUGAAAACAGGCAUUAUGGUUUCAUCACCUAUUGCAACAAUUGUGGAAAUUCACAAGAAUUUUCAUGGGCUGAACUUGGUCAGAUUAGUUGCUCUUGCAGUGGAUCACAUGGUUCUAGGUCGCUCGUUAUUUCAGGGCCCCUGUGGACAGGACCUCUUCAUAGUGCUGCCUACAUCAGUAAAAUGAUAAAUUUGGCUGAGGAAUGGGGAUGGAUAGGAAAUGGUGCAGAAACUGAUCUGGAAAAACUUCUGAAACAGAUGUUGGAUGAAAGUGAUCCCAGAUUAAAAUCUGGAUACAUCAAGAUGGAUGAGGUGGCAAGCCGUGCCAAAAUCAAUUCUCCUCCAUUAAGGACCAUGAUGAGUGCAAUGCAAAAGGAGGGAUAUGCUACAAGCAGGUCGCACAUUGCUUCAAAUGCAAUCAAGACAGAUUGUCCCAUGUCUGUAUGCAUCAGGAUUUCUAAGGAACUACAGCGUGUUGAUAGUUUUUCUGUAUAAUUUUGGAGCAAACAUACUUGCUGUUGGAGCUGAACACUAAUCAUUGAUUAUGAAAAGGUAAGGUGGAUUCUUAUACAGGCUGAACCCUAUAACUGCUACAGCCACUGCUAAUGCAUUGUAUGCAUGUGUGUGAGGAAUGAAGAAAUUGGUUAACAUUGAAGA